CACGCGGAAGCGCGGACUGGCUCGCCACUGCCGGUCGUAGCUGACGCGGAAGUUGGUCAUCCCGCCGCGAAACACGGCGCGGCUCUGCUUCAGCUCCCAAGGCACAGCAUCCUCCCCGCUCCUGAAAUAACUCGAGCUCAGAUCCACCGGGUCGGGGUAGAGUAUAUCAAUGCUCCCGGGAGCGCCGUGCGGGCUGAAAAUCGGGAGGCCGGCGCGACGAUCCGCGAUCGACGCGGCUUUGCUGAUGUGCAAGUCGCAGGUGCUGAGGUAGAACUCGGCGUUGAGCGAGUGCAGCUUGUACGUUUCGAUCGCGUCCUUGAUCAUGAGAAUCGAGAAGACGAAGCGGCGCAUGCGGUACCAGUGGAACUCGAAUCCGCCGAAGCGGAAGAAGAUCUUCCCGUUGACUAUGCGCACGUGACCGGAGCACGAGAGCACCUGCGUAGUAGCGUUUCGUGGUGGAGGAGGGGAGGCGCGGCAGCGGUUGCGUCAGAACGAUGUUCAAACGGGGCCAGUCGCGGCAGGGCAUGGGAAACGUUACGAGGCAAACGAAGCUAUCCGAUCCGAUCCACGCUAAAAAGAAGACUUGAGCGCGGGGAAUGAAAACAAGGCUAUGGUAGAGAGCCGAAAUGUGAAGAGAGGAAAGGCAAUGGGAAGAGACAGAGCGGAAGAAAACCGCGAAAUCAGCUUCUUUUGUACUCACGUUCGCCAUCCGGCCCAUGCGGUGUAAGAUCCUCGGGCUGAUCAUUCCCCGUGCGCCCAUUCCCUUCUUCACGCCGGGAAUCCCCAUCCAGGGGCGCAGAUACGAGUGCGCAAGGCACGCCAGGCGGCGCACGCGGGAGGAGCCGCUGCGCGCAGCCAGCUCAGGGAAAGCCGCGAGAUCAGCCACGCACUCGUCGUCGCUUGCAAUGUCGGGGAUCCCGCAGGAGCCGAAACCGGCCUCGUAGAAUCUCUCGACGGUUGUCUCCGCUACAGCCGCUACAGCCGCUGACUCAGUCACUGCGUUUCGCGAGCUCUCCCCGUGAUAUUUCGAGGGUGAUGCACUGAAGCUGUCGGAUUCGAGUUCCUUCGUAGUGAUUCCGUGUUGAAGGUGGCUGCCGACUAAGCGCCGGACGGGCUGAUUGCGUAACGCCUUGGCGAUGUCGAGCUGGUUUCGUUCAAGUGUCUCGCUGGGGCUGUCGUCAUCCUGGCAUUUUAGGGGGGGAAAACGGAUUUGAGUACAAGGUGAAUACAACAAAUGGGGGGGUUGGGGUGGGGGGGACCGUGGGUUCGGCCCCCCCUAAUAUUCUCACUUCAUACAGUUAGGCAUGCUAAGUCGGACUUUUUGACUGUGUGAGCGCCGUACGCUGGCAUCAUGCAACUCACCAUCAAGCUGUUAGGCGUGCUGCAGAAAACAAACGACGAGCUGGCGAAGAGCCAGAAAAGCAGUGCUAGCAGGCAUCUCGAAGCGUGCAUAUUUGCGCCUGUCACGGUCAACGAUGCUUAUUUGGUCCGAGCGAUCAACACAGGAGCUGCUGUUUUUCUGGACGAGAGUUGAGAUGUGAGCGUUUGGAGUUGCUUCAGCAGAAGUCAAUAGGUAACUGAUCGGGAUAAUUUUUUAGAAAGUUGGUUGUGUAGGUGAGCUUGGGAGAUUGUUGAGAAAUUUAUCCCGC